GGGCCCGAGUUCGGUCAGGCAGCAGCCCAGGCCACUUCCUUCCUCUCUGGGCAACAUGGCGGGGGGCGAGGGUGGAGUGACUCUCGGGCAGCCUCACCUUUCCCGCCAGGAUCUCGCUACUUUGGAUGUGACCAAGUUGACGCCACUUUCACACGAAGUUAUCAGCAGACAAGCUACAAUUAACAUAGGUACAAUUGGUCAUGUAGCUCAUGGGAAGUCCACAGUUGUCAAAGCUAUUUCCGGAGUUCACACUGUCCGGUUCAAAAAUGAACUAGAAAGAAACAUUACAAUCAAACUUGGAUAUGCCAACGCUAAGAUUUACAAACUUGAUGACCCAAGUUGUCCUCGUCCAGAAUGUUACAGAUCUUGUGGAAGUAGCACACCUGAUGAGUUUCCUACAGACAUUCCAGGGACCAAAGGGAACUUUAAAUUAGUCAGACAUGUUUCCUUUGUUGACUGUCCUGGUCACGAUAUUUUGAUGGCUACUAUGCUGAACGGUGCAGCAGUGAUGGAUGCAGCUCUUCUGUUAAUAGCUGGUAAUGAAUCUUGUCCGCAACCUCAGACUUCGGAACAUUUGGCUGCUAUAGAAAUCAUGAAACUAAAGCAUAUUUUGAUUCUACAAAAUAAAAUUGAUUUGGUAAAAGAAAGCCAGGCUAAAGAACAAUAUGAACAGAUCCUUGCAUUUGUACAAGGUACAGUAGCAGAAGGAGCUCCGAUUAUACCAAUUUCUGCUCAACUGAAAUACAAUAUAGAAGUUGUCUGUGAGUACAUAGUAAAGAAAAUUCCAGUGCCCCCAAGAGACUUUACUUCAGAACCCCGACUUAUUGUUAUUAGAUCCUUUGAUGUCAACAAACCUGGCUGUGAAGUUGAUGACCUUAAGGGGGGUGUAGCUGGUGGUAGUAUUCUAAAAGGUGUAUUAAAGGUGGGCCAGGAGAUAGAAGUCAGACCUGGUAUUGUUUCCAAAGAUAGUGAAGGAAAACUCAUGUGUAAACCAAUCUUUUCCAAAAUUGUAUCACUUUUUGCAGAGCAUAAUGAUCUUCAGUAUGCUGCUCCAGGGGGUCUGAUUGGAGUUGGAACAAAAAUUGACCCCACUUUGUGCCGGGCGGACAGAAUGGUGGGGCAGGUACUUGGUGCAGUUGGAGCUUUACCUGAAAUCUUCACAGAAUUGGAAAUCUCCUAUUUCCUACUUAGACGGCUUCUGGGUGUACGCACUGAAGGAGAUAAAAAAGCCGCAAAGGUGCAAAAGCUGUCUAAGAAUGAAGUACUCAUGGUGAACAUAGGAUCCCUGUCAACAGGGGGGAGAGUCAGUGCCGUCAAGGCUGAUUUGGGCAAAAUUGUUCUGACUAAUCCCGUGUGCACAGAAGUAGGAGAAAAAAUUGCCCUUAGCCGAAGAGUUGAGAAACACUGGCGCUUAAUUGGUUGGGGUCAAAUAAGAAGAGGAGUGACAAUCAAGCCAACAGUAGAUGAUGAUUGAAAAAUUCCAGUUAAAUAAUACAUUUGGAUGAAGUUGGAAUGUCUCUUUUAACAACCUAGGGGUAUAUUUUCAAAGCAGUACUGUGAAAUUAAUUUCACAGCUCAUUACUUGGUAGUAGUUUUAAGAUUAUGCUCAUGUUUGGUGAUGAAAAUUUAACCUCUAGUCCUAAAAUUAUGUCUACAAUAAAUGUAAAAAUUGGUGUGAUAAUGGAGUAAAUCAACAUUUUAGCAGAAAUUAAUCAUUCCCAAAUGUCUAAUUUAUACAUCAGUGCAGGUUUAGAAUGAAACUAUUUGCUACAGCCAGCCUUUGCUGUAGUGUAUAUACCACUGAACCUGUUUAAAAUGAUAUUGUCUUCUUUUUCAUGAUUGGUCUGGAGUAGCUCCGGGCUUGAAGGACUCUCAUACCAGUAAGAACUUGAAGACACAAAUUCUCCUUAUAGAUUAGCUCCGCUUUGCCCCAUAUUUUAUGUUGCUUUAUCUUAACUGCUUAAUAGAUAAGAUUAUGAUAUAGAUUCUAAUAUUAGCAAUCCUUGGACCUUUCAGAGGUCAAGAUGUUAUAGGGUAAGCCCCGUGAUUUUAAAUUUACUCAUGUUCCUGUACUUUUCCUGGGCUGUGCUUUUAAAUUCUUGUUUAUUUUGUUUCAAGACUGUCAGGGCAGUGGUUCUUCACCCAGGCUGACAUUCAGAUUGCUGCAUAAACUUUAAAAAAAUGAUGGUUUGUAGGAAUUCUGAUUUAAUUCACUUGGGAUGGAGCCCAGGUAUUAACUCUUUUUAAAACUCUGUUGAGAAAUAAGUUGAGGGGGUUGAGGAGUAGGUAUGUACCAAAUAGUACAGGAUCUUACUGAGUUUUAUAGUCUGGUAGUGCUCUAAUUUUCUUUGCUUAAAUUUGCAUAUAAUGUGGAAUUUGAUAGCACAAUCAUAAUAUUGUGCUCUCUGCAUUAUGGAAGCUGUCUUGUGGAAAUGUAGUAGCUGUGGCUAUGAGCUAUCUAAGUUUUGAGGAAACGUAUUAAUGUUACAUACUUGAUUGAUUUUUAAGGGUUGUGUUAUAUCAUGAGGAACACAUUUAAAUAAAGCAAGGUUCUAACCCAAACAUUAAUUUUUCUAUCUAACAUCUCCCCAUGUGUUUCAUAAGUACCUUCUUUAUUAUUUUUUUUUAAGAUUUAUUUUUUUACACAAGCACUAGGGUACAAGCCAGAGGCAUGGGAGGGUGAGAGAAUCCACCAGAGACAGAGCAGGGAGCAGAACAGGCAGAAGGACCAAAAUACACUACUGAGGGGAGCAGCAGGCGAGAUAGGAGAGGUCUAUCACGCCAUGUGGGAAUCUCCCCGGCCGGGUGGGAAUUGAACCAGCGCCGCGUAGGCUGUGGAUGCUCAACCUGCUGCACCACCGGGGAGGCCUCAUAGGUACCUUCUACUGAAAAUUCUGGAGCAACAUAAGACCCAAAAUUUUGCAGUAGACUAAUUUGUUGUAAUCAAUCUCAUGUCAGAACUGAAUCCAGAAGUCUCAUUUAUUUUAAACAUCUGCAUGAAUUUCAGCUGGUUUACAAAGCAUUAUGCUUAGAAUAAAUGGGCAUACACAACUAUGAUAAUGGACCUUAUUUUUGUAGAACUUGAAGUCAGUUUAGUGAUUCUCAGCAAAAGAUGUACGUGGCUGAGAAUCUGCCUGUUAUGUAAUGUUACUGAUGGAAGCAUAUUACAUGUGUAAAUCCUGUUGACUCUCCCAUCAAGAUUAUUUCAAAAUCUGACCAGAUCUCACCAUUGCACUGUUUCCAAAUUUACUCCAUAGCAGUCUGUUCUCGACAAAAGGGUAGCUAGUUACCCUUUUGUAAGAGUACAACUCUGAUGACAAAUUAUAAAGUUAAUUUUGAAGAAUGGGAGGAAUGAGGACAGUUUAGCUGUGACAUCAUCCAGAUAAUUUCCAGGCUGUCUUAGAAAACUUUCCUCCCUAUUUCUUGCAAAGUUGAUGUGUCUGCUUUUUUGCAGCGGGAAGAGAACUUGUAGUAAGAAUGUGCCAAGAACUGCACUCAUAACAUGUCUGUAAUUUUAUUGCUAGAAGAAUAUAAUAACGGUGGUUUCCAAGGAAAUGGAUGCUAUUUUUUGAAAUACAUAAAAAUUUUAAGAAUUACCAAAAAUGAAGCAGAUAAACGCUAAUAAUCAAGAAACUGGUUAUUAAAAAAUGUCCUCAGAAAGUUUCUAUAAAGUGAUACACAUUUGGCCAGUUUUUUCAAGGAAUUGAUAAUUAUGCUGUUUGAACUGUUACAGAAUAUAGGAAAAGAAAGGGGGGAGCAGGGAAGGAAAUACCCUAAUUCAUUCAAAAUUUGCUACCCAAACCUGGAGAGACUAUUGCAAAACUAAAAAGCCAACUGGAGACCAUUCUUACAAAUAAAAUACAUACUAAAGUAUUAAUAAAGUCCAGUAAUAAAUUAAAAAUAUAAUGCAUUCUUAUACAUACAUGGAUGUUUUUUAUAGGUGGAAAGAAAAAAAAUAUGUUGCAAAGAUGUAUGUGAUACAAUUCAAAGUUUUUAAAAGAUUUAUUUAUGCAUACAAGAGCUGAGGUACAGGCCAGAAGUGCGGCGGGUGAGAGGAUUCACCAGAGACAGUGGGGAACAGAACAGGCAGGCUGACUGAAAUACACUGCUCAGGGGAGCAGUGGGCGAGUCAGGAGAGGUCUCCUGCGCCAUGUGGGCCACCUCCCUGGCUGGGGAUUGAACCAGUGCUGCAGGGGCUGUGGACAGCGUCACAGUGCUGCGUCCUAACCCCUUGUACCACCAGGGAGGCCCCAAUUCAAAAUCUUUAAAACACGAAAUGUCGAGAAUGAAAUCAUUAACUUGAUGAAUAUGCUUAGAGAAAGAGCAGAAUCAUUGUUUUUAAUGACGAAACAUCGGAGCACAGUAAUACCCAGUAACAGUGUAAUUCCAUUAUACUGUAGAUGGGAUAAAAGUUGGGUAAAAUAAGGUGUUGUGAAGUUAAUGAAAUAGCUAGGGUGAAAAUCAGUGAUUAGGAAGCAGUCACCAGUUGCAUUACACCAGAAUUCAUGUUAUUGUUAGGUUUGUCUAUAUUCUCAUUAAGGUUUAGAACAAGUAAAGAAUGUCAGCUGCCACUUCAAUUCUGCAACAUUGGAACUCUAUUGGGAAUCGAAGUGACAGCAUUAUUUAUAAGGUAUAAGAUAAUAUACAUAGAAAUGGAAUACAGAAACUGAAAAUCUUAAGAGAAUCCAGGGAGCUGGAAAAGUUCAUGAUAAAUAAGCAAAGAUUGCUCAUUCACUGAAUUUCUGAUUAGUAUACACAACACACCCACUCACAUGAGAAAAUGCUAUGGCUAUAAACUACCCAGGUAUAAAUAAGAAUAUGCAAGAUACAUGUAAAUAAAACUAACAUUUGCUGAAGGACAAAAAGAUGAAUGAGAAAAGACUGGAUGAGAAUACUCAAUGUUGUAAUGAUAACUCAUUUUUUCCUAUAAAUUCAGUGUUAAGAAAUUCAGUUUAGUUUUUUAAAGAAAUUGCUCUGAUAAAAGAUUUGGAAAUGUAAAUUCCUAGGAGGCACAGUAUAAGAAGUGGUAUUGAUGGAGGACUAGAUGGAUCAUCAAAACAAGCUUUACAAGAUGCAAAAUUUUAGUAUAUGCUAUAGAUAGCAUCUUAUGUCGGGGAAUGAAAUAGACAGUUUUUUAGUCUAAGUAACUAUCCAUUUGGGGAUAAAAGAUCUCUUAAGUCAUUUAACAUUUCAUUUUAUUAAUAAGAAAUUAAUUCAGAUGAGGAACGCAAAACAAACUCAAAAGCCAUUAACGGGAAAUGUCAGAUCUGCUACAUACAUAAAGGUUCAAAACUUGGGGCCUCCCUGGUGGCGCAAGGGUUAGGACACAACCUAUGAAGCUAUCCGCAACCACUGCAGCACGAAUUUGAUUCCCGGCCAGCCAGGGAACAACCCACAUGGUGCAGCAGACCUCUCCUGUCUCCUGGCUGCUCCCCUCAGCAGUGUAUUUCAGUCAAUCUGCCUGUUCUGUUCUGGCUCUGUCUCUGGCGAAUCCUCUCCCCCCACCCCCCAAACCCUGUGCCUCUGGCCUGUGCCCCAGCUCCUGCAUGCAUGCAUAAAUCUUAAAAAAAAAAAAAAAGGUUCAAAACUUCGGACCUAAAAUACUACAGAUUUAAAAGGUAGAUUAGGAAAAAAUACUUAAAACUUAACAUAGUGUAAAAGGUUAAUAUUCUUAGCACAAAUUAGUCAGAUCAAAAACAAAUGGGAGGGCCUCCCCAGUGGUGCAGCGGUUGAGCGCUG